AUGCGUGAGUCACUAGUGUUGUUGGUACUUUGCUCCGUCGGUUAUGCGGUUAAUGGAGCAAAUAUACUAUGUCUGAUGGGAGUCGCAAGCCCCAGUCAUCACAUAUGGAACCGUGCCAUUAUGGAUGCCCUUGCCCGUGAAGGUCACAACUUGACCAUCCUGUCGGCGGACGUGGAGAAAGAUCAGCCGACCAAUGUGCACUACGUCCAUCUGGAGGAGAUCUAUCCAACGCUCUACACGGGUCCGGAAUCGCUCGAUCUGAUGGAGAUGGCGAACGAGAAUCUGUUCAAAAGUGUCAUCUCAUUCUAUCGCGACUUUGUUGUGAAUGAGUGUGCAGGUACGCUGAAAUCGAAAGGACUUCGGACGGUAAUGGACUAUCCGGACGAGUUUCGGUUUGACCUGGUACUGCACGAUUUCACUUGUGGCCCGUGCCUGCUGGGAUUGCUGCAUAAGUUCAAGUAUCCGCCACUGGUCAGUGUGACCGCCUUCAAUAACCCUCCCUACUCGACGGAGGUGAUCGGAGGACAUAAGUUCUACUCGUACGUGCCGUUCUAUUCGCUCAGCUACGAUACGGAUAUGAGCUUCGUUCAGCGAAUCCACAACACUUUGCUGAGUCUUACCGAUGUGUUCUACCGGAACUAUGUUUCCAAUCCGAGAAUAGACGCCAUGAUGCGCAAGUACUUCCCCUACGAGGAUAUGCCCUACGCCCCCGAGCUACACCAACGUUCGAAGCUGAUGCUAGUGAAUGCACACUACUCGAUCGACUUUCCGGAAUCGGCUCCGCCGAACCUGAUUGCCGUCGGUGGCUUGCAGAUCCGCGAACCGCUGGCCCUGCCGAAGGACCUCGAGCAGUUCGUGAAUGCAAGCCGCAAGGGUACGGUCCUGUUUUCCCUCGGUACCAACGUGCGCUCGGAUCAGCUCGAUACCGAACGGCAGAAGAUGAUCGUGGAAGCAUUCCGCCAGCUGCCCGACUAUAAUUUCCUGUGGAAGUUUGAAUCCGACUUGGGCAUUCCACUGCCAAAGAAUGUGCUUAUCCGGCCGUGGAUGCCGCAGAAUGACAUUUUGGCGCACCCGAGGACGAAAGCAUUCGUCACACACGCCGGUCUGCUGAGCACUCACGAGGCCACGUGGUACGGAGUGCCAAUCGUCGGUAUUCCGUUCAUUGCCGAUCAGCACCGGAACCUCGAACGCUGCAUUCGCUCGGGAGUAGCCAAACGUGUGGCCUUUCAAACGAUGACCACCGGGCAGCUGCGUGACGCCAUCCGGGAGGUGCUGGAGAACCCCCAGUAUCGCAGCAAAAUGGCCGCCCAAUCGGCGCUGUUCCGCGACCAGCCGGAAAAGCCAUUAGCUCGUGCCGUCUGGUGGAUCGAGUGGCUGCUACGACAUCCCAACACUACCGAGCUUGAGUCACCGGUGCUGCGGCUCGGAUUUGUUCGAACGUAUCUGCUAGACGUGGCCCUGUUUUUCGCCGCCAUUCCCAUACUUGGUCUGUUCGUGCUAUCGAAACUGUGCCGAAGGGUACCGUCUGGGGUAGACGGGGACAAGAAACGAAAAUAAUUCCGACAGUAUCGUUCGGUACUUGUUUUCCCCCAUACGCAGACGCGCACCGUUGAAGGUCGUAGCGACGGCAUCGUUCGGAUCCGUGACGUAGUAGUGAGUGAAACCAAUUGCUCAAAUAGUUCUAUCCCGGCAUUUGUAACGUGCCCGGUGUUGAAUAUCCGACCAUGGGAUACAGUAUUUAAAGUACGUGCCAUAGACAUCGUUAAACCAGUUAAAUCUCAGUUCGUGCCCCGUGUUCAUACAGUUUUAAGUUACCAAAAAUGUGCCGUGUACCGACAGUUCUGCUCGUUUUUGCCUGCCUAAUGCUACUCGUCGCCAGGAUAUCGGCCCAGGCGACGGUGCUGUGCGGUGUGGAGAAUAAAGAUAACUACGGCGAACUGCUGAAACAGUACUGUGACGCUUUUAAAAGUAUAACGACCACAUACGAUUUCACGCAACCGUUGUGCUAACCACCUUAAGCUAGAGAACGGUAGAGGUUACUUUUAAGGCACAGCGACACCUAUGCUCAAAUGCGAGUCAAGCAAUAUCCGUGGACUAACUGCUUUAGUGACUCUUUUUGCCAUGCGCUCCGUAAAGAUGUUGGAAAAUAUUAAUAAAGUUAAUAAGUGAA